GCCUUAACUUGAUUUUAUUUUCUGUACGCCUGUAUGAAUCGAAACAAUAAGAUCGACCCAAGAAAUCUUACUGCACCGUCCAUGUCACCCAGGGCAUUCUGAGGAACAAUUAACUCCUUCUGUCUUAUACGAUUUGGAGAGGCCAUAAUAUUUUGUCAAUUUGAACAAUUCAAAGUUGUUUUCUCUAUUUUUAACAUGUUGGGUAUUUCCUUGUUUUCCACAUUUCUGAUACAUAUGCAGGAAUUGAAUUUUGGAUCUCUUGACAAUGGCAAUGAAACCUGAAAUGCCUACAUCUUGUGAAGGGGGCUCUUCUUUCCCUACCUCCCCUACAAGAGCUGAAAUAGAGGAGCAUAUCAAAGUUUUGAAGGCUGUAGUUAGGAUGAAGGAAACAGAGAAUGCUAUCUUGUAUAAUUUAAACAGGCUUACGCUGAAAUAUUUAUUGUCAAAAUAUUCCAACCUCAAUAGCUUCAAAAAAAAGUUAAACGACCUUGUCCCCAAAAAGCUUGAGGAACGGUGGAAGCUUGAGGAAGUAUCAACAGCCCAACCAUUGCACCAGAGGACUUGCCUUCCAAGCAGUGAUGGUUUAUACGAUGUUGUAUCAGAUACGAUGACACCAUUUGAAAGUGAUGGACGAGAUUAGAUCUGUGUGAUGAUACCAACAAUUUUUUGAUCUGAUUCGAUACCAAGAUGUUUCCUUCUUUUUGUCAUGAGCAUCAUUUG